AUGAAACUAGCAAAAGCAUUAUAUUUUGUUGCCUUUUUAUUGGCCAUAAAAGUGUUAACCCCAGGAUCUAAUAAUUAUGUUGAAGCUAAACCCGCAAAUUCAAAAAAAGUAACUAAAAGUGGUGAUAAUGCAUUUAUUAAAAAAAUUAAAAAUAACAAAGCUGCAUUUAUAUCUACAUUGGCUGCAACAGUAGCAUUAGCAAUUGCUACUACAUUUGGUGUAAUGCAUUAUCAAAAUAAUGGAGGUUUCGAAAAAUCACCAUGGGCUAAUAAAAUAGACAAAAACAAAAGUUUACCAAAAAAAAAAACAGACAAUAGCCCCCCCUCAAAGGGUAAUUUAGGUAAUACCUCCCAAAAAAGAAACCCCAUAUCAUUUACUCCAAUUUCGGAUGGAUAUAAGCCAUCUAGCUCGCCAAAUAACAAUAGUAAACGAACCCCAACUGCCCCAUAUACUGUAAAAUUGAAUUAA